AUGGAGACCAUGCAAGAGACCCCUUCGCUGAAUCCAAACUCCGCCGAGACAUUGGGUGCCUCACUCAACGGUAUGGACAAGCUUGUCCGAGCCGGUAAGAGCGAACGCGAGAUGAAGGAAAGAGGCCAUCUGCACAAAGGGACACCAUGUGCUGCUCGCUUGGAGUUACCCCAGUCCGGCAAAGAAACAUCGAGUACCGAAGAGGCGAUCGCCGACUUGGAUUCAGAUGCGCCCUGGUGCUGGCUGCGCGCCAACCGCACGAGCAGCGAUGAGAGCAAGUCGCGCGCCAAGACAAGUGACCAGGAACGCACCGCUGUCGCGUUCUCGGAAAAACCACAUCUUCCCCGCACGCACUCGAUCCGAAUCGAACGAUACUCGCCCUCCAGCCAUCUCGCCACUGUGUCACAGUACGUUACCUGUUGGCGUUCUGCUUUUCGAAGAUAG